AGAUUGAAAAAUAGAAUAAUACACCCUUCUUACAUCCAUCCACUAUUGAAACCGUUGUUUUCCAUUGGAGAAGAGAAGCGUGCGUCCUUAGAAGAAAGAAAAAAGGAAGAGAAAAUAAAGAGAAUAAUUGCAAAAUCUCGAUCCAAACUCCAUCGAUGAGCGACCCUCUGAUCCCUUCCCUUGAGCUCUACGUUCUGGGAUGAAUAGCUAUCAAUUCGCAAGAUCGAGCUAGAAUUUAUCCUAUUUUCCUCCAUUUUUUUUUUGACUUUUAGGGUUAGGGUUAGAAUUUGGGGGUGAUUUUGAUGGAGCCCCGCGUGGGGAACAAGUUCAAGCUCGGGAAGAAGAUCGGGAGCGGAUCGUUUGGGGAGAUCUAUCUAGGUACUAAUAUACAGACGAACGAGGAGGUCGGAGUUAAACUUGAAAAUGUUAAGACAAAGCAUCCCCAAUUGCUAUAUGAGUCAAAGCUGUACAGAAUCCUGCAAGGAGGAACUGGGAUUCCAAAUGUGAAGUGGUUUGGUGUUGAAGGCGACUAUAAUGUCCUUGUAAUGGAUUUACUGGGACCCAGUCUUGAAGACCUUUUCAAUUUCUGCAGUAGAAAGCUGUCACUAAAGACCGUUCUUAUGUUGGCCGAUCAAAUGAUCAACCGGGUUGAAUUUGUUCAUGCGAAGUCUUUUUUGCAUAGGGAUAUCAAACCAGACAAUUUCCUAAUGGGAUUGGGCAGACGAGCAAAUCAGGUUUACAUUAUAGAUUUUGGCCUUGCUAAGAAGUAUAGGGAUACUUCAACGCACCAACACAUACCUUAUAGAGAGAAUAAGAACUUGACUGGGACUGCAAGGUAUGCAAGCAUGAACACCCACCUUGGUAUAGAACAAAGCAGGAGGGAUGACCUGGAAUCUCUUGGAUUUGUUCUCAUGUAUUUUUUACGAGGAAGUCUUCCCUGGCAAGGUCUAAAAGCUGGAACAAAGAAGCAGAAAUAUGAAAAAAUUAGUGAAAGAAAAGUUUCCACCUCUAUUGAGGCAUUAUGUCGUGGAUAUCCUACAGAAUUUGCAUCCUACUUCCAUUACUGCCGUUCACUACGUUUUGAUGACAAACCUGAUUAUUCAUAUCUUAAAAGAAUAUUCCGUGACCUUUUUAUUCGCGAGGGAUUUCAAUUUGAUUAUGUGUUUGAUUGGACCAUAUUGAAGUAUCAGCAAUCACAAAUUGCUAGCACUCCUCCACGACCUCUUGGUUCUGGUGCAGGACCUAGCUCUGGGUUGGCACCAGCUCUUGGUAAUGUCGAUAGGCAACCUGGUGUUGAAGAAGGGCGAACAAGUGGUUGGUCAACAGACCCUUCUCGUCGCCGUGCGUCAGGACCAGCUGUAAAUGCAGGCAGCUUAUUAAAACAGAAGACACCGGUAACAAAUGAUUCAAAAGAAGCUGUGUUAUCCAGUUCAACUUUUUUGGGGCGGUCUGGCAGUUCGUCCAAGAGAGCUGCUGUUUCUGGAAGCCGAGACAUGUCAGGGGUGAUCAACACUGAUACUAGAGACCCUUCAUUGACAUCACGCAGUCGCAUUACUAUGGAGAAGAGCUCUGGGGGUAUCCGGAAGGUUCCAAAUGCUCAGAGGAGUUCUUCAGAUCAAAUGCACGUUUCAGGUAGACAACAUUCAUCUAACAUCAAGAACUACGAAUCCGCACUUAAAGGAAUAGAAGGCCUCCGUUUUGACAAAGAUGAGAAGGUUGAAUGGUGACAAUAAUAUUUCUUCUGAAAGCUGAUCUCCGAGAGAUGGUGCACAAUAAGGAAGGGCAUCUCUGUCUGUUUUGAAGCAUUAUCUAUGUCGUAAAAAGUCAGUGAUAAAUCCAGCUUGUAAAUGGUGUAGGAUUUUGCCAUGCUCCGUCUCUUUUGUGAUAUCAGUCUUGUUUAAUUUUGGCUGUUUCACUUUCUUGUACCCACAAAUUACGUCGGAUAUUUAAGCGUACGUGCAAUCUGCCUGUGUAUUUGCGUGUUUCCUCGUUGGAUGAUGACUUUGUAGAAUGAUAAUUUUUUUUUAAUUAUUCAAAGUCCUAAAUAUUGAA